UACGUACGUCGCGCGGGCCGUAAUGGCGGAGCUCGGAGGACCAGAGGCUGUUCAGCUUCACCAGGAGGACGCCGAUAUUAAAGGUGAUGAUGGAGAACCUUCAGCAGGUGAAACCACCCAUCAACAGGAAGUGAAAAAUGAGUCGAAAGAGGCGGAAGACAGCGACAGUAAACCAUCCGCCUGCACCGACAGACACAUCUCCAUCCAGACCAACCUCCAGGGCCUGGAGACGCUGGUGGACCUGGACGGCGCUGGGCGGAAGUCCUGUCCUCUGUGUCCUGAGGAGAAGUUCAAGGCCUGCUACAGCCACAAGCUGCGACGCCACCUGCAGAACCUGCACUGGAAGGUCUAUGUGGAGUUUGAAGGUCAGAGGAUGUGCAUCUGUCACCUUCCCUGCAGACACAUGAAACCCAGCUCCAGCGGAGACCAGGCGUUGGCCAGGCAGGUGGCCCAUUACCACUGUGUGGUCUGCUCCAACACCAUCGCUCGCAAAACCGACAUGAUCAGCCACCUCAAACGCCACGUCAACAAAGGAGAGACAGAGGCCAGCUACUCGUCCAGCUCCGACGUGUCCGCCAAGGAUGAACCGGCUCCGUCAGGUCAGACGUAUGAGAUCAUGAAGGAACUGGGAACCAACGUCCAGCUGAUGCCGAACCACGCCACGCCGCUGAAGAGCGACACCUACUUCAGCCGCAAGAUGAAGAUCAACAGACAGCUGAUUUUCUGCUCGCUCGCCGUUCUGGCGGAGGAGAGGAGUCCUCUGGAGAGUCUGGACGCCUUCGGAGCCACAGGGAUCAUGGGUCUCCAGUGGGCCAAACAUCUGCGGAAGGCCGUCAAAGUCACCAUCAACGACAUCAGCGACACCUGCGUCAAAAUGAUCCGAGAGAACUGUCAGCUGAACCACAUCCGAGUGGACCGGGCCCCGCGAGGCCCCCGGGGGUCCGAGGCCACCGGCGCCGAAGCCGAGGCGGGGGGCGCGGUCACCGUGGAGGUCACCAAGAUGGACGCCAACGUCAUCAUGCACCUGCGAGCCUUCGACUACAUUCACCUGGACCCGUUUGGGACCGCCGUCAACUACCUGGACGCCGCCUUCAGGAACGUCCGGAAUCUGGGCAUCGUGUCGGUGACGUCCACAGACACCGGUUCUCUGUACGCCAAGUCCCCACACGUCACCCUGCGCCACUACGGCUGCCACGUAGUCCGCACCGAGUACUACAAAGAACUGGCAGCAAGGAUAGUGGUGUCCACUGUGGCCAGGGCCGCUGCUCGCUGUAACAAAGGCAUCGAGGUUCUUCUGGCCGUGGCGCUGGAACACUUCGUCCUGGUCGUGGUCCGGGUUCUACGCGGUCCGACGCAGGCCGACGAGUCCGCCAAGAAACUGAGGAAGCUGGUCCACUGUCAGUGGUGUGAGGAGAGGGUGUUCCUGAAGAUGACCAACAUGGUGGACGACACGCUGCCGUGUAACUGUCAUGGAAGUCUGCCUGGGAAGACGGCGGUGCAGCUGGGACCGCUGUGGUCCGGGCCUUUGUUCAACACGGGCUUCCUGCGGGGCAUGUAUUCUGCGUCGGUUCAGCACAGCAUGGAGGACAUCCAGCCUCUGAUCAAGACGCUGAUCUACGAGUCCGAGUGCACGACGCUCAAGUCGGCCGUCCACAUCCCGUCGACCGUCAUCAACCAGGUGGAAUGUGGAGUCGUCAUUAAGACGCCGCCAAGCGGAGACGAGUCCGGACCCGCCGACCCGUCAGUGAAGCGGAAAAGCAGUGAGGACUGUGGGAACGUGUUGAAGAAGCUGAAGCCGGACGCGUCUCUGGAUCAUCCUCCGUUUUAUUACAGCAUCCACCGACACAGCAUCAGAGGCAUGAACAUGCCCAAGUUGAAUAAGUUCCUUCAGUACUUGACCGAAGCCGGAUUCCGGGUCAGUCGGACCCACUUCGACCCGACCGGGGUUCGAACUGACGCCAACUUGGACCAGUUCAAGGCGGUUCUGACCAAGUACAGUGUCCCCACGUUCACCAACGCGUCCUCGGAGAACCCGGUCUGAAGACCAGACCCCCAUGGAACCCAAGACUUGGAGACCUAGACCCUCAGAGACCUGCAGACCCAGACCCUCUUCCAGAUCCAGACCCUGGUCUGGAUCCAGAUCCUGUUCCUGUUAUUUAUUCUAGUUUUCAGUUGUUUUCACUUGUGUUUUUAUUUUCGUAAAUGUUUGACUUUUACUUCUUUUUCUGCUUUUGGUUCAAAUGAAAAUAAACUCAAACGUGUUGGUUCGAUGUUUGGACU